AUGCCGAGCACUUCGGAGGCGGCGGCGGCGGCGGCGUCUUCGUCCGGAGGCGGGAGCGGCGUCCGGGGCUGGGGCGGCUCCGAGUCGCCGGCGGCGGAGAAGAAGCGGUUGCAUCACCGGCGGCGGAAGCGCGGCUCGUCGGCCCAGCCGCCGCCGCCUCCUCAGCCUCCUUCUCCUCAGCCGCUGCCCGCGUCUCCCGCGGCGGCCCCUCCGCUGCUGUUCCCGCUGCUGCCGCCGCCGCCGCUGCCGCAGCAGCCCUCGCUCCUGCAGCCGCCGCUGCCGCCGCAGUCCCUGCUGUUCCUGGCGGCCACCGGCUCCUCCUGCUGCGGGGAAGGGGGGGAGCGGAAGCGGCCCCGGGGCAAGCGGCGCCCGGGCUCCCGGCACAAGCGGCGGCGCGUCCGGUUGCGCGGGGGGGCGGGCCUGUCGGAGCGGCGCGGGAGCGGGGCGGGCCUGGGGCCUCUGGUGGAAGCGGCGGCCGAGGAGUACGACGACGUCAGCUCCCAGUCGGAGGGGCCGCUGGGCGGCGGGACGGCCGGGGCGGGGAGCGGCGCGGGGAGCCCGGGCUCCUCCUCGGGCGGAGGCGCGGGCAGCCAGCCGCGCUCCAGCCGCGCCGAGGCGGAGCGGGGCCCCCGGCGGCCGCCGCGGAGGGAGCACCGCAGCAGCAGCGGCCGGCGCUCCCGGGAGCGCCACCGGGAGCACCGGCGGCGGGGGGAGGACAAGGACAAAGCGCCGCCGCCGCCGCAGCAUCCGGAGGGAGCGGCCGCGGCCGCCCGGGUAGGGGGAGCCGAGGCCUCCUCCUCCUCUUCCUCCUCCAAGUCCCGUAGCCGCCACAACCACAGCGGCGGCCAGGACCGAGAGGGGCCCCGGAGCAGCAGCGGCGGCGGCAGCGACGGCCGCAGGAAGGGCUCGGCUGUCUCGCCCAGCGGCGGCGGCGGCGGCGGCAGCAGCAGUAGCAGGAAAGACCGGCAGAGCAAAGCCCCGCGAAGCCAGGCGAAGGCGGCCAAGGAGCCUCCUUCUGCUUACAAGGAGACACCCAAGGCGUACCGGGAGGACAAGGCCGAGCCGAAGGCCUACAGGCGGCAGCGGUCCUCGCCGAGCCCCGGCCGCGAUGACAGCCCGCCCAGCCACAGGGCCUCGCAGAGCCAGCGCAGCCGCAAGUCGCUCAGCCCCCGCUCGCCUCUCAGCCCUUAUCGCCGCCGCUCGCCCAGCUACAGCCGGCACAGCUCCUACGAGCGCGGCGGGGAUGUUUCGCCCAGCCCGCACAGCAGUUGGCGCCGCUCUCGCAGCCCCUACAGCCCCGCCAUCAGAAGAUCAGCAAAAUCCAGAAGCAGAAGCCCUUAUUCAUCAAGGCACUCAAGAUCCCGCAGUAGGCACAGAUUAUCAAGAUCCAGAAGUCGGCAGUCGAGUAUUUCUCCUAGUACUCUGACUCUAAAAAGUAGCCUGGCUGCAGAGUUGAAUAAGAACAAAAAAGCUAGAGCCGCAGAGGCAGCCAAGGCCAAUGCGAAAGCUUCAAACACAUCUACACCUACAAAGGGAAGCGCUGAAAACACUGGCUUGACCAUUCCUCAAGCGAACAAUGUGAAGGAACUGAAGAAGAUAAAAACUGAACACGUACCUUCCCCUUCAGGUGGUACAGUCUUGAAAAAUGAUAAGGCAAAGGCUAAAGUCCCAGUUCAGGAGACGAAGGGGGAAAACAGUUUGACUGUCGAGAAAGCUGCUAAGCAAAAAGUUUUGGUGGCGAAAGAGAGUAAAGCCACUCCUGUCAAGCCACCAUUGCAACCUGCUUCCGUGAAAGAGAAAAGCAAGCCCCACCCACCAAGUGUAGCACCUAAGGAAAAGGAUCGCAGUGUUUCACUAAUAACUUCCACGCUUCCACCCCUGCCUCUUCCACCUAUGCUUCCUGAAGAUAAAGAUACAGAUAGUUUUCAAGGGAGCAUUUCUGUGAAAGCUGUUAAGAAAGAAGUGGAGAAGAAAUUGCGUCACUUGCUGGAAGAUCUGCCACUGCCACCUGAGUUGCCUGGAGGAGAUGAUUUAUCCAGAAGUCCAGAAGAGAAAAAAACACCAGUGCAGCCACAUCUUAAAAAGAGACCGAAGAUAUGUGGACCACGCCACGGUGAAACAAAGCAAAAAGAAAUUGACUGGGGGAAACGCUGUGUUGAUAAAUUUGAUAUCAUUGGCAUUAUUGGAGAAGGAACUUACGGGCAAGUUUACAAAGCAAGAGAUAAAGAUACAGGGGAAAUGGUGGCACUGAAGAAGGUACGGUUGGAUAAUGAGAAGGAAGGCUUUCCAAUUACAGCUAUUCGAGAAAUUAAGAUUCUUCGACAACUUACUCACCAAAGCAUAAUCAACAUGAAGGAAAUAGUAACAGAUAAGGAAGAUGCUUUGGAUUUUAAGAAAGACAAAGGUGCUUUUUACCUUGUGUUUGAAUAUAUGGAUCAUGACCUGAUGGGGCUCCUAGAAUCUGGCUUGGUUCAUUUUGAUGAGAGUCAUAUUAAAUCAUUCAUGAGGCAGUUGAUGGAAGGCUUGGAUUAUUGUCACAAGAAGAAUUUCUUGCACAGAGAUAUUAAAUGCUCCAACAUCUUACUAAACAACAGAGGGCAGAUCAAGCUUGCAGAUUUUGGGCUUGCUCGGCUGUAUAGCUCUGAAGAGAGUCGACCAUAUACCAACAAAGUUAUCACUUUAUGGUACCGUCCUCCUGAACUUUUAUUGGGAGAAGAACGAUACACACCUGCCAUUGAUGUCUGGAGCUGCGGAUGUAUCCUGGGUGAACUUUUUACUAAAAAACCAAUAUUUCAAGCAAAUCAGGAACUUGCUCAGCUGGAGCUGAUAAGCCGCAUAUGUGGGAGUCCUUGUCCUGCAGUAUGGCCUGAUGUGAUAAAACUGGCAUAUUUCAACACCAUGAAACCAAAGAAGCAGUAUCGUAGAAGACUAAGAGAAGAAUUUGCUUUUAUUCCCGCAGCUGCACUAGAUCUCUUUGAUUACAUGCUUGCUUUGGAUCCCAGCAAGCGCUGCACAGCUGAACAGGCACUUCAGUGUGAAUUUCUGAGAGAUGUGGACCCUUCAAAGAUGCCUCCACCAGACCUUCCUUUAUGGCAGGAUUGCCAUGAGCUGUGGAGUAAGAAGCGCAGAAGGCAAAAGCAGAUGGGCCUGACCGAUGAUGCAACUAAAAUUCCAAGAAAGGAUUUGUCCUUGGGAAUGGAUGACAGCAGAGCCAACACACCCCAAGGCCUGCAGACCUCUUCUCAACUGAAAAUGCAAGGCAGUUCUAACAUAGCACUUGUGAAAGGAGGCAGUGGACAGCCACUAAAUCAAAAUGAAGUGGCCAUUCUCCUAAACCUGCUUCAGUCUAAAUCCAGUAUUAGCAUGGCACAAUUUGCUCAAGUGCUGAAUAUUAAGGUGAAUCCUGAGACUGAGCAACAGCUGAAUAAAAUAAACCUUCCAGCUGGCAUUUUGGAAGCAGGAGAAAAACAGACUGAGCAGGAGCAGGAGCAGCAGCAGCAGCAGCAGCAGCAGCAGCUCCCACUGCCUCUCUCACCGGACCAGGAGCCUUUAAAACAAACUGCAGCCUCUUUGCCUCCUGCGCAGCCAGCUCAACUGACCCAAGCAAAGGUUGACACUGAGGUCACUCAAGCAGCUGUGCAGAGUGCGUUCACAGUUUUGCUAUCUCAGCUACUAAAGACUCAGCAAGUGAAGCAAAAAGAAAACUUGUUAGAAGAAAAGGAGAAUGGAUCAGGAAAUGAGAUGCUAUUACACCCCAGGCAACCUCCAGAGCCAAGUACGCCUGCGUCUGGUGGCACCUGGGAAGAUGCAGAAUCGCCAGUAUCCAUUUAUCCCCAUCUUAUCAAAUCAUUAUAUGCACAUGCAGGACAAGAGGACUUGGUCAGGCAACCUGAGAUGAGACCCCAGACGCCAGAGGAACGACCUCGUAUCUUGCCCCCAGACCAGCGCCCCCCUGAGCCACCAGAACCACCACCUGUCACUGAAGAAGAUCUUGAUUAUCGGACAGCGAACCAAAACCUGUCUUCACUUAGUAGCUCUUCAGGGAUGGAUCCUCAUGCUGGAGUGAAAGCAGCUCUUCUACAGCUGCUUGCUCACCAUCAGGCUCAAACAACGGAGAAACCAGCAACAUCUAGUAUGGAUUUCCAGUCAAGAGACUCUUUUGUAGCAGGUCCAGAUUAUAAGGAUAGUUUUGGGUCAUCUACAUUCUCCUCUGCUCAUUACAGCAGUAGUGAUGGAAUAGGAAGUGGAUCAUCUGGGACACUAGAAAGGGGAAACUUCAUUGGAAAUUCAGAUGUUCAACCCUUGGAGACCUACAGUACUGCUUCAUCUCACUCUAGUGGUGCCCCUCCGCCUCCUGCCUUUUCAGAACCAUUUCAUAGCUCAGUAACUGGUUAUGGAGACAUUUACCUCAACACUGGUCCCAUGCUAUUUAGUGGUGAUAAGGACCAUAGAUUUGAAUAUAGCCAUGGUCCCAUCACAGUUCUGGGUAACAGUGGUGACACAUGCACAGGGUCUGAAAGUACUCAUUCCUUGUCCUCAAAGACACAGAACUAUAGCUAUGGAAGUAAUUUACAAGAACCCCCUGGCAGUGUUAGCCACAUGCAUGGACAAACGUGGACUUCUCCUGCCCAAGGACCUGGAUAUUCACAAGGAUACAGGGGACACAUUAGCACAUCCAGUGUCAGAGGACGAGGCAGAGGAUUGCCAUAUUGAGCAUCUGUUUCUUUCUUUUUCCCUCAGGCACAUCGUUUUUACCUGGAAAGACUUCGUAGCUGUGAUUUCAAAGCAGCAAUCCAAUAGACUUGAAUAAUGUUAAUUCAACAGCUUUAUUUUUAUGUGGAAAAGGGUCUUGCAUACAAUAAGAAAUUGCUUACAAUUCAUGCUGUUCUGAGAACCAGAUAAUUGAUUGUACAUCUUUGCAAAUUCUAGCUAUAAAUUUUAUAUUUUGGCAGUUAAGUCGAUGCUAAAUUUAGGGACAUCAGCUUUUUAUGGCACAUUGUCAGAUCUGAACUAUGCACACACUUGUGCUUUUUUUUGUAAGUUUGGACCAACUUUUAUGUAAAAAUUUUACAACAAUCAAAGCAGGGCACUGAUUUAUUUGGUAUUUCUUUUUACAAAACUACCUUUUAGUCAAAAAGUCACUGUCAGUCUUUGCACUGCUUUCAGUGUUAUCUGUGGAAGGAGUUCUUUGUGCUCAUUUCAGACAAUAAAACACAGUCUUUCUUGAUAUAACAGUUUUAUACAUAUUUGGGCAUCGAUUUGAUUUACUUUCAAAGUCAUUCGUCCAGUAAAAUAUCCUGUCCAUCUUCCCAGCGUUUGUAUAAAAUCUGUUUUACUUGAAUGGUAAGUGCCUUAACAAUGUAAGCUUAAGGUCUGAAGAACAUUUCAUUAAAUUCAAAAGGCUGUUGGAAGGUACUUUGUAGUUUGAUACAAAUAUUUAAUAUUUACACUACAUUCAGAGUAAAUUAUGGACAAGGGGAAUAGAUGGCAUUCUUUAUGGGAUUCUUACAAGCAGUUAGAAAAGUCAAAUUAGAAAAACUUUCUCUUUCCCAAAUUACAACUAUCCCCUUAAUGAAUUAAGUGAAGAAAAUUGAGAAUGUAUGGACAGUAAUGAAGAAAGGUAGGUUUCCUUCCAUUUUCUGUAAGAGCUCUUAUUCUAAUUCCUUUACCAAAUAAAAGUUAGUGUCCUGUUUUAUUCAAAAUAGUCUUUUUAUUAAAAAAACAACAGAAUAGCAUAUUGUUAUAUCAAAUUAACAAUAACUAGUUUUGUGUUGGAAAACUGACACCUGCUUUUUUCCACAUAAUUUGCUGCAGAAUGUAACCAAAGUUACAUAACCAGCAUUUAAUGCAAUGAAAUUAAUAGGCAGUUAAGACUUAUGAAAACUGGGACUGUGCCAACCAAUUCUGUAUUAAACUAUUCCACUAACUUGCUACUUGAUUUGAAUCUGUUUUGAAAUUUCAUCACAUGUUCAGUCUAAAAGCAAAAGAUGGUUCAAGGAAGUACCACUCUGGCUCCAAAGAUGAUGAUUUCCAGCAAUAUAAAAUUGUUCUGUGAGAAUGAGACUCAGCCAGGAGACUGGCUAGGCUUUCUGUGUACUGAAAUGUUUUUAAAUGACCAUAUUGGAAAAACAGUUCCCAACUGAUUAUCCAGUUGAUAAGUUAGUGCACAUGUAGCUAUUUUCUAAAUAUGUAAUGUUUCUAUGAACAAAAUUACAAAUGUAGUCUUGUCAGCUGUGACUUGAAUCUUUUAGAAGCAAACCUAACAUUGUCUGCUUCAAAUUCUUGACUUAAGUGAAUAUUGCAUUGUAGGGUGUCAAAUUUGUUGGAACUCCCCUGUAAAUAUGACAUUGGUCAUCUGCAGUAUCGUUUAGAGAAUCCUGACUGAAAAUAAAAGCAGCUAAACUGGAAGAAAAUACUUAAGCUUAA